AUGAAGGUUUUUGGUCUUUUUGCUGCUGCUUUGGCUAACACAGAACGACUCGAAAAACUAAAGGGCCACGGAGACAACCUGAUCGCCCUUGCGAACAACAACACCGACUUGAACGAUUUCACCAAGAACCGAAUCAGCAAUUUGGCCUUGAAACUCCUCGACCAAGCCGAAGGAGCCUCGAUGAACUGCAACGCCACAGUCGAAGAUUCGCGACUUUUUGACGAAGAAAAUCGCGGCUUUUCUGCCGACGAUCUUUGCCAGCUGACCAACGAUCUCGCUGGAGCCCUUCGAUCGUACGCUCGAAGAUUUACCUGCGAAGAAAGCCUCCCAAAAAAGCUGUUCGUCGACAAAUACAUCAACCGAACCAAGAAAUUCACGAAAAUUGUCGAACGAAAAGCCUUCUGCGGCCUUGGAAUGUAA